GAGAGAGAGCGUGUGGCCUGCGGACUACGGAGUGCUUCCCUCUCCCUCGUUCGCCACAUUUAUGGUGGUGCAGCCACUCAUGACUUAUGGCAAGCGGCAAUAACUCUCCAGUUAUUUGUCUGUCAGUCGCGCGUUGAGAACGCUCGUGGCGUGUCGAGAUUUGUCAAACUGUUUUUAUUUCCGUCAUAUAUUAUUUCACAGAAUUGUAAGAAAGGGACAGAGAGAGAGAGAGAUUCUAUGUAAAGCCGACGAGUUUUCUCGCUUGUGUUCGAUUUCAUAUAAUUGAAUUUCAAGUUGCGCGCGUUUACACUGCCGCGUUUCUGCAUUUUGCUCGCCGUGGUUGGUACAACUGUUCGGAAAAUUCGGAAAGUGAACAGGUGUUUUUUGAAUGGAUUAGGGGGAGACUUAUCAAGAGAGAGAAAGAGAGAGAGAGGAGGCGACCAGAGGACGCGAAAGGAUUCGCCGCGGACAGUGGUGAACGAUCGCCGGGACUUGGCGGCUGCCUUCGGAUGAUCGAUAGCUCGGAGGAUGCAUGCGGGUACACGGUUAUUCGAGACGCCCGAUCAAAAAUGAGGAGGUGAAAAAAAGAAGAGAGAGAGAGAGAGAGAGAAAGAAAGAGAAAAAGAUCGCGGGAGGGCAUUUGGCGCGCUCGAAAGAUGAAGAUAUAGCAGUGUCAAUAACGAGACAAUUCUGUUUCACACACAAGUCGAAUAUACUUUUAAAUAUGCCACAUCAAUUUGGAUUGCCAACAAUGGCACACGGUAUGCAAUCUCCGCCCUCGCCGACCUCAGUCAUGUCCGUUUACCCCCGAUUCGGCUCCGGCAUCUACAGGCCCGAUCAUCAGGAUCAGCGAUUGACCCGCGAGGCGAUGGAACGUUAUCUGCGUGACCGUAGCGACAUGGUGAUCGUGAUCCUGCAUGCCAAGGUCGCGCAAAAGUCAUAUGGCAACGAGAAACGAUUCUUCUGCCCGCCGCCGUGCAUCUACCUCUUUGGCGAUGGCUGGAGGAUGCGUCAAGAGCAAAUGCUACGUGAGGGUGAGAGCGAGCAGAGCGCCCAACUAUGCGCUUUUAUCGGCAUUGGCAAUUCGGAUCAGGAUAUGCAACAGCUAGAUCUAAACAAUGGCAAACAAUACUGCGCGGCAAAGACCCUCUACAUCUCCGACUCGGACAAGCGCAAACACUUUAUGCUUUCUGUCAAAAUGUUUUACGGUAGUGGUCACGACAUCGGCGUGUUCCACAGCAAACGUAUCAAGGUGAUCUCGAAGCCGUCCAAGAAGAAGCAAUCGUUGAAGAACGCAGAUCUGUGCAUCGCCAGUGGCACUAAAGUUGCGCUUUUCAAUCGACUGCGGUCGCAGACGGUCAGUACGCGCUAUCUCCACGUGGAGAACGGCAAUUUUCACGCGAGCUCGACCCAAUGGGGCGCGUUCACUAUCCAUCUCUUGGACGAUAACGAGAGUGAGUCGGAAGAGUUUCAAGUGCGCGAUGGUUAUGUGCACUACGGUAGCACCGUCAAACUGGUGUGUUCUGUCACGGGAAUGGCUCUGCCGCGACUGGUGAUUCGGAAGGUGGACAAACAAAUGGCCAGCUUGGAGGCCGACGAUCCCGUAUCGCAGUUGCACAAGUGCGCCUUUUACAUGAAGGAUACGGAUCAUAUGUACCUGUGUCUGUCGCAGGAGCGCAUAAUACAAUUCCAAGCUACGCCUUGCCCGAAGGAAGCCAACAAGGAGAUGAUCAAUGAUGGUGCCUGUUGGACGAUCAUUAGCACCGAUAAGGCGGAAUAUCAAUUUUUCGAGGGUAUGGGCCCGGUACGAUCCCCGGUGACACCGGUACCGCUGGUCCAUAGUCUGCAUCUCAACGGCGGCGGCGAUGUAGCGAUGCUCGAGUUGACGGGUGACAACUUCACGCCAAAUCUGCAAGUCUGGUUCGGCGACGUGGAGGCUGAGACAAUGUACAGAUGUCAGGAGAGCAUGCUCUGCGUCGUACCGGACAUUUCGCUGUUUCGUGGCGAGUGGCUUUGGGUACGCCAACCGACGCAAGUGCCGGUCUCCCUUGUACGCAACGACGGCAUUAUCUAUGCGACUGGUCUGACUUUUACGUACACGCCUGAGCCUGGGCCGCGCCCGCACUGUCCACCUGCCGAUGAGAUUAUGCGGGCGCCGCGUGCCAUGCACAAUCAAGCCAGUAUACCACCCACCGCGAUGCCUGCCGAGGUACCUUGGAACACUCACGGUCAGCCACCGCAGUCGGGUCUCUGAUGUCUUCUAGAUAAUCAUUAUAACGCGAACCAAAGUUUACGAUGUAGUGAUACGGACAGUACAACGUCAGCCAUGUUUCUUGACAAUGGCGCGGAUGACGACGACGACGACGACGACGACGACGACGAUGAC